CAACGACAGAGAAUUUUGAUAGGAUGUAAUCACGUCAAAAACAAAUCACACUGCGUUGUCUGCAUCAUUUGAUAUGCUGAAAUCCAAAAUUUAACUUUUUGCUUUCGCGCCAAACGCCUCUUUCCUUUUUUUUUUUUUCUGUUUGUGAAUCCAACACACAGUACGCGCCAAAGAAAAAAAACCAUGGAUCCACUCGCCGAUCUCAGACGAAACACGUACAAGGCGCGUAGCCACUUCAAACCAGAAGAGGUGCGACGUCGUCGUGAAACUGCUCAAGUAGAGAUUCGCAAGCAAAAGAAGGAGGAAAAUCUCGCCAAAAGACGAAACUUUAACGUGGAGAACCUCCCUGCCGAUUCUGAUGAUGAAGACAGCGCUUACCCUGUCGAUGCUCAGCUCAUGGCCAUGUUGCCGGACAUGGUCCAAGGACUGUACGCCGCUGAAAGCGAAACACAACUCACUGCAACAGCACACUUUAGAAAGUUGCUAUCGAAAGAAAAGAAUCCGCCGAUUGAAGAAGUCAUUGCUUGCGGCGUAGUGCCACGAUUUGUCGAAUUCUUGCAAUCUCAAAACACAACUCUGCAAUUUGAAGCGGCUUGGGCGCUGACAAACAUCGCUUCUGGAUCAUCACAACAGACGCAGGUGGUAUUGCAAGCUGGUGCUGUGCCUUUCUUUAUUCAGCUGUUAAGCAGUCCGGUGAUGGAUGUCAAAGAACAGGCUGUCUGGGCGCUGGGUAAUAUCGCUGGUGAUAGUCCUCGUUGUCGUGAUUUCGUUCUCCAAACGGGCGCAUUGCCACCUCUGUUGGCUAUCUUUGAAGACACCACCAAGAUUUCCAUGCUGCGCAACGCAACCUGGACACUUUCUAACUUUUGCCGUGGCAAGAAUCCUCAGCCCGACUGGCGACUGGUUGCACCUGCACUUCAAGUGUUGUCCAAGCUUGUUCUUUCUAGCGACGAAGAAGUCCUGAUUGACACAUGCUGGGCCAUUUCAUAUCUGUCGGAUGGACCUAACGAGCGUAUUCAGGCAGUGGUAGAAUCCGGUGUGUGUGGCCGUCUUAUCGAGCUUCUUGGCCAUCCAGCAACGAGCGUGCAGACGCCUGCACUCCGCUCUGUUGGCAACAUUGUUACUGGCGACGACACGCAGACGCAGGUGAUUAUCAACUGCGGGGCGAUCAACGCGCUUCUCCACUUGCUCAUGAGCCCUAAAGAGGCGAUCCGCAAGGAAACAUGCUGGACGCUGUCGAACAUUACGGCCGGCAACACAUCACAGAUCCAGGCGGUGAUUGACGGCGGGCUUAUGCGGCCGCUAAUCCAGAUCCUGGUGCAUGGCGACUUUAAGACCAAGAAAGAGGCAUGCUGGGCAAUCUGCAAUGCCACGUCAGGCGGUCUCAACAAGCCUGAGCAAAUACACUAUCUUGUAACGGAGGGAUGCAUCAAGCCGCUGUGUGAUAUCCUGACGGCGAUGGACAACAAGAUCACGAUGGUUGCACUGGACGGUCUGGAGAAUAUUCUGCAAGUGGGCGAGAUCGAGCGGACGAACACGGUAGACAACCAUAACCCAUAUGCACUUUUAAUCGAAGAAUGCGGCGGGGUAGACUAUAUCCAUGAGCUCCAGCAACACGACAACCAGGAGAUCUACAAGAAGGCAUACAACAUCAUUGACAAAUUCUUUAGCGAGGAGGCCGACGAAGCAGCAGAGGCAAUGGGCGGCGAGAUGCAAGGCGACCAGUUUGCGUUCCAGGCGCAAGUGCAGGCACCUCAGGGUGGUUUUAAUUUCGGAGGAGGAGCUCAGUAAUAAAAUAAAAAAGUCAUUUAUUUCUUCCAAACUACGCGAUUCUACGCACGAUCGAGUGACAGUUAGUUAGUUAGCGAGAAAGACAGACAGUCAGAGAGAGAGAGAGAGAAGAAAGAGAGCGAGAGGGAGAGGGAGAGGGAGG